AUGCCCGAGGCCCUUGAAGCGCAUGCUUCUCCCAGACAGAGUGUCACGUCCGAGGCUCCAGCGCAGGCCCUUCUGUCGAGAAGGAGCAAGGGCAAGGGCAAGGGCAAAGGCGCCGGCAAGGGCAAGGGCAAGAGCAGCUACGGUUCCACUACGCAGCACGCUCCACGGCAGGCGUCCAUGGCCUGCAUGCACCAGCUGCGCUCGCUGGAGGUCGAGGAGCAGGCGAGUCUUGUUGGGGAGGUGUCCGCCGCUUUGGGGUUCGAGGUUGUCGGGAACAGGUACACUGUGUACGCACCUGGUAAAGUGAAGGUUUUCGUCGCGGCGGAGGAAACCGACCUAUGCACAAGGCAGCUGAAGUCUUGUUUCCCAGACUGCGCACCCUGGCACUUGAGCAUCGUGUAUGCAAAAGAUGGCAGGAUCGAGAAGGCUUUUGAUCUCGAGCGCGAUUGGACCUGCACGUGCUGCUGUUUCAAUCGUCCCAGGGUCGAGGUCAAGGAUUCCUCAACGGGCCGCCUGAUUGGCUCAAUUACUGACCCGUGGGCGUGCUUCGACUUGACCUUCACCAUUCGGGACGCACGCGACAACACGGUGCUGAAGGCAGCUGGUGACUGCUGCCAGUGUGGCCUCUGCUGUCCGCUGCCAUGCGGUCCCUGCAGCGAGGUGAACUUCCCGAUCGUCGAGGAGCGCGGAGGCCGUGAGGUUGGCCACAUACAGAAGCAGGUCCCCUCUUGCUGCGCCUUUAUGUUCGUGGAGGACAUCGACAACUACAAGAUCGACUUCGCUGGGAUCAGCAACCCGGAGUGGAAGGCCUUGGUCAUGGGUCUCUCCAUUUUCAUGGACUUCCGGUACUUCAGCAGCAGUUCUGCCGACGGCAAUUGA